GGUGGGUCCGUCUUACCGUGUUGCAGCAGGUGUCAUUGUCGAGUUCUUCUGGUGUACCGGGCUUUUUAUCCUUUGCCUCGUCGCUUUCUUUGUCCGUUCAUGGAACUACCUUCAACUCGCCAUGGCUUGCCCGACGGUUCUGUUACUCCUGUUGUAUCGGUUGCCCGAGUCACCGCGAUGGCUGAUGUCUAAAGGGCGGUUCGAGGAGGCAAGGGUAGUGUUACAGAAAUGUGCCAAGGUCAAUGGUGUUACUUUACCAGACGACAUCGUUGGCAAUGAUACCUUGGAAACAGGGGAGUCUCACAGCGUCUUGAAAAUACUGACAGUGCCCAGACUGCUUGUCCGGACUCUGAUCAUCUAUUUAAACUGGAUAGUUGUGAACAUGGUCUACUACGGCCUCAGCUUAAAUGUUGGAAAUCUAAGUGGCGAUAUCUACGUAAACUUCGCCAUCAACAGCUUUUUUGAGUUCGCUGCCUACGGCAUGUGUCUUCUGCUGCUAAACAGGGUUGGCCGGAAGUGGCUGCACUCAGGCUCAAUGAUCCUCGGCGGCGCUGCAUGUCUGUCAACCAUAUUCACAGUUCUUUACGCAAACGAAAAUCAGCAUUGGAUCACUGUCAUGUUAGCUAACAUUGGUAAGUUUGGCAUAUCGGCUGCGUUCGGAAUCAUCUAUGUCUGGACGGCUGAACUCUUCCCGACCGUGGUGAGAAGUUCUGGUGUAGGUUCAAGCACCAUGAUGGGCAGAGUGGGCAGCAUGCUGUGUCCAUACAUCGUAGAAAUUGGCACAAUUAUAAAAGGCGAUUUCGGAAAGGCGCUAGCGCUGAUUAUAUUCGGAAGCAUGGCUUUUAUCGCCGGCUUGCUGUCGCUUCUACUUCCGGAGACCCGGGGUACAGUGCUUCCGGAGACCAUCAAGGAUGCGGAGAAUUUCGGUCGAAUUAUGAAGCCCCCUGUAGCUGAUAUUGUUUUGCAAGAUGAUGAGACGGGACUCUGA